AAUAACAUUAAUUAUAUGAUUACUUAUAUUAUGGUACAUAUAAAAUAUGAUUAAUUAUAUGAUGACGUAUAGAUGAUAUAUAAUAGUGACAUGAAAAACAAAACUUAUUUGUUUUCAAUUUUUUUAUUUUAUCUUUUAUAUUCAUUUUCUCACUUUUUAACUAUCUCAUUAAUUAUAUUUACUAUAAUAUUUUGCCAGGAUUAUUUACAUAUUAACUAUAAUAAUUCGACAUAUUUGAAUGAAACCACUCUAUUUGUGAUAAGAAUUUAAAAUGGUUAACAAAUAUUUUUUUUAUUUACUUAUGUAUCGGUUAGACAUGGACAUUCGGAUAACUAUUCAGCUACGAGUUAUUUCUUUGGGUUAUUAUGCUUUUUGAGUUUUGAAACUAGACUUCAUUUCGGUAUUAUAAAUUUUCAUGUGUGUUUCGAAUCGGGUCUAGAUGAAUUCAGUCUUAAUAUAUACAAACCUACAAAUAUCCAAAAACUAAUGUAUUUGACGCCUGUACGGAUAUUUGUAUGAACAGUAAGAAUAUUAACCGAUUCAAUUCGGGUAUAUUGAAUUCAAAUUAAACUAAAAAUAACCAAAUAACCAAAAGUAAUCAUAUUACUCUAUUUGAUUCAGGUUCGAUUAUGAUGUAUAGAAAUCUAAAAGUACUUAUGCAAUUAAUUAUAUUAUGAUACAUAAAAUAUAUAAUACUAAACAUAAAAAUAAAAAUAAAAUAUCGAUUUAUAAGAAAGUAAAAAUUAACACCCGCACGGGUGUGCGGGUCAAUCUCUAGUUAAGAUUAUUGUUAAUGAAUUAUUAAGACCCUUUCCAUGUGCAUGUUGCUUCUGUUUUCUUCACGCCAAAAUGGAUGCGAUAAAUUUCUUGUAUUUACCAUAUAAAAUUGUAAGAUGUUAGAGUUGAUUUGAUUGUGCCAAACUAUAUGUAUACAUAGCUUUUUAAAAAUAUUACGAAAGAAAUUCCUCCACAAUAUAUUUAAAAAAAGUAUACAUAUCCACAACAUGUACGGAUCGGACGAGCAGCUCAAAACCCUUCCUAAACAGCAUUUGAACAUAGAGAACAAGCCAUGUUUACAAUUGGACAUCCACUGCAGGUUUUAAAUGGAUAUCCGGUGAUUAAAAGUAAAAAAAAAAAAGAUGAGCAUGCUAUUGCAUCCACAAUUUAAUUAUUCAACAUAUUAACCCUAAUAGUCUAAUACUAUUGUAUGAAGUUAAUUAACCCUAAUACAAAAAAAAAAUUAGCCCUAAUACUUGAUAUAUCUUUUCCUUCAUGUUUUUUAGUGUCUCCCUUUUAAUCGGAUUGUUGGACUCCAACAGAAUUUCUGACCGAUUUUUCAUAAAUUCCAAUAAAAAUGGUAUUUGUUAGAAUUUCGUCAGAAAUUUCCAAUGGAAAUCCGACGAUAUUCCCUUGACACUAGUAUUAAAGUCCGUCAAUGGGAAAUCUGUUCUGAUGACAGUCCAUCGGUAUUAAUAAUCAUUUUGUCAUUGAAAAUUAAUCAGAAAUUUUUAGCGCUAAUUCGACGACAUUUUAUCAAUAUUGGUAAUGACUUUUGUCAUAAAAAAUUUGUCAAUUUUCUUUUAACAAAUAUUGGAAGAUAAUCCAUCUAUAUUUAUAAUAAUUUCCAUCGUCGGAAAUUCGUCAAUUUUUUGAUGAAACUAGAACUUUUGAGAUGCAAAGUAUUACCUCCUAAUUUUUUGACGAUAGGCAAAUUUAUGACGGUUUCAAUUCGUCGGAAAUUAAGUUUUUAAUUGAUAAAAUUAAAAUUUUCUUUCACUAUGCAAAACUGACAGUGACAGGUCUCUCUCUCUCUCUCUCUCUCUCUCUCUCUCUCUCUCUCUCUCUCUCUCUCUCUCUCUCUCUCUCUCUCUCUCUCUCUCUCUCUCUCUCUCUCUCAUUGGAAACAAACAUGUUUUCUUGUAGUGAAUAUCAUCUUUAGUUAUAAAUAUUCAGUUUUGAGUUAAAAAAAAUGGCUCUGAUUAGUAACAUAUAGUUAUAAGUUUAAGUUGUAGUAUGAGUCCCGAUAUCGUUUCUUGAAGAUUUUCCAGGGUCAUCCUAGCAUGGACGUGUGAAGGCCCAGUAGUGGGUGCCUCAUUGCGAGGAUUUGGGAAAAAUAUCAUCUUUUGUGCCGUUCUGGCAUGGAGCCAUACGUGAUCAUGUGAUCUUAGUGGAUUCUUGAACCUGGAUUUGCAUUGCAAUGAUUUACGAUAUACACUACAAGAAAUAUGGCUAUUGGUAGCAGUUCACGGUAGCACGAAUUCUCAAACUGCUACCAAAAAUGGUGUAAUCCGAUACCCAUCUUUUUCAUAGCGUUAGUUCCUCGCUAGCGAUAAAUUUAAUCCAGGAAAAAAUUAACAAAAAAUACAGUAAAACAGAGUAAAGUGUUGUCGCGAUGCAAAAGACUUGGGUUUAGUUUUAACCUUUUCCGCCUCUCCUUCACUCUUCACAUAGAAACCAUCGAAGAAAAAAAAUGAUUGGGAAGCCCAAUCUCUCCGAUUUUUGAUCGAUCUUCGUGUCUGAACGGUGUUGUUUUCGCCAGCGGUCAGAUUCCCGGUGAACCCAUAUUCGAUUUUGUCUGUAAUUCCUUUGAUUUAUCUGAUUUCUCAGAUGAAUUCCUUUGAUUUGUUUCAGCUUUUACAAUUUCGAGUUCACCGAAGAUUAGGAGGAGAGAAGUCAGGUUACAGAAUCACGAGAAGUCAGGUGGUAAUCAAUUCCGUUUUGCAUUUGAUAUCGUCAUGGGCGAACACGAUUGUUCCUUUCUCGACUGAAGCUUUGAGUGUUCCUUUCUCUUCUCUUUUGCUUUGCAGGUUUUAGGUUUUGAUUGUUCCUUUCUCGAGUGAAGCUAGUGGAGUUGAAAUCCGAAGGAUCUUAUUGAUCAGGUGAUUCUUUUUCAGCCAAAUAGAAGUCGUUUCUUGUUGAUCAUUUUGAAUGACUGAAGAGGAUGUAUCUGAUUGAAUCGUUGAUUGUUUAUGUGUUCCUCUGUGAAUGUCAUUGUGUCUGUUUGGUGUAUGUUUGACAUAAUCUUAUGGCUUUGUUUGAUUUUGUUGGUCUAUCGGUUAGAAACUUAGAACAUAAAAUGGUCGAAAAGUCAUGGGUUCAUCUAAACAGGUAAGGAAAAACAAUAUAUAUUAUAGGAACUGAAUUUUUGUGUGUGAUUAAGAGUGUUGAAAUUAUGCUUUCAUGUGUCUAAACCGAAGAGCUGAUCCUGGUUAUGAGAGUGGUGCGUGGGAAUUUGUGAGGUGUGUUGGUGCAGAUUUGCGAGAGUCUGAGUUGAUCAUUUGCCCAUGUAUUGAUUGUCGCAACGUAGCUCGUCACUCAGCCAGUGUUAUUGUGGAUCAUCUAGUAACAAGAGGAAUGGAUUUGAGUUACAAGAUGAGGGAGGAUUGGUAUCACCAUGGAGAAGUAAUGUCAGGGACUGACAGUAGAAGCAAUGGAAGUGAGAAGAGGAAUGAGAUUUUAGGGUUAUACCAAGCAGCUGCCUUUGUUGAUGAAGAGUUUCUUAGGCAUGGUGACUUAAGUGAGGUUGCUGAAGGUGAAGAUAAGGCAGAAGAUGAGUUUCUUGCUAAGCUAGCCGAUGCAGAAACACCUCUGUAUCCAAGUUGUGCUAACCACAGCAAGCUCUCUGCAAUUGUUUCACUCUUUAGGAUAAAGACACAGAGUGGUUGGUCUGAUAGAAGCUUCGAUCUGCUGCUUGAGACUUUGCCACAGAUGCUACCCGAGGAUAAUGUCUUGCACACGUCCUUGUACGAAGUGAAGAGGUUUUUGAGAUCUUUUGAUAUGGGUUAUGAGAAGAUACACGCCUGUGUGAAUGACUGCUGUCUAUUCAGAAAGGAGUUUGAGAAGCUAGACAAAUGUCCGAAAUGCAAUGCUUCAAGAUGGAAGAUUAACUUGCGCACAGGUGAUGUGAAGAAAGGUAUUCCACAGAAAGUUCUAAGGUAUUUUCCCAUAAUCCCACGGCUGAAGAGGAUGUUCAGGUCAGAGGACAUGUCAAAGGACUUGAGGUGGCAUUUUACUAAUAAGAGCACUGAUGGAAAAAGCAGACAUCCGGUUGAUUCUGUUACUUGGAAUCAAAUGAAUGACAGAUACCCUUCAUUUGCCGCUGAAGAAAGAAAUCUUCGGCUUGGGCUGUCCACAGAUGGGUUCAAUCCUUUCAACAUGAAGAAUGUGAACUACAGCUGUUGGCCUGUUUUGCUUGUCAUUUACAACAUGUCACCUGAAAAGUGUAUGAAGGAGGAGAACAUCAUGUUGUCGUUGCUGAUUCCUGGUCCAAGCCAACCUGGUAACAAUAUUGAUGUGUACUUAGAACCGCUUAUAGAGGAUCUAAACCACCUGUGGGAAAAAGGAGAGUCAACGUAUGAUGCAGUCAACCACACCACUUUCACAUUAAGAGCUAUGCUUCUCUGGACUAUUCAGGAUUUUCCAGCAUAUGGGAAUCUUGCAGGCUGCAAAGUAAAGGGCAAAAUGGGUUGUCCUGUGUGUGGAAAAAACACAGACAGUAUGUGGUUGAGUAACUGCAGGAAGCACGUUUAUAUGUCCCAUCGGAAAGGUCUUCCUCCCACACAUCCUUAUAGAGGAAAGAAAGCAUGGUUUGAUGGGAAAGCAGAGCAUGGGAAAAAGGGUAGAAUUCUGAGUGGUCAUAACAUAAGCCAUAUACUUAGAAAUUACAAGAAUGAUUUUGGAAAUGUGAAAGUAAUUGGUAGGAAGAGGAAGAUUAAUGAGACGGUUGGAUCAGACUCCAAUACGGAUGAUGAAUCCAGUGAUUCAGAGGAAGAGGAAGAAGCAGUUGAUGAGGAAGAGCUAUCUAGAUGGAAGAAGCGGUCAAUCUUUUUCAAGUUGCCUUAUUGGGAAGUAUGUUUCUAAUCUGAAGAUAUAUCAGUUUUUCUUAAUUGUGCAGUCACCACCUUCCUUUGACACUAUUAUCUGUGUUUGUUUUGUCUAGGAUCUACCAGUUAGACACAACUUAGACGUUAUGCAUGUGGAAAGAAAUGUUGCUGCAAGCCUUAUAGCUACAUUGUUGCAUUGUGGAAAAUCAAAAGACGGUCUUAACGCGAGAAAAGAUCUGGAACUGCUGGGUAUUAGGAAGGAUUUACAUCCUCAACCCCGUGGGAAAAGAACAUACCUUCCUCCCGCUCCUUGGUCUCUGUCCAGCAAAGAGAAGAAAGUAUUCUGCAAGCGGCUAUCGGACUUCAGAGGUCCGGAUGGUUAUUGCUCAAAUAUAUCAAGGUGUGUGAAGUUAGAAGAAUCUAAGAUAUCAGGAUUGAAAUCACAUGAUUACCAUGUCUUGAUGCAACAGCUUCUCCCAGUUGCUAUUAGAGGUAUUAACUGAGUCUUUAAACUUUCUAAUAGUCAAGAUUAAGAUGUCCUGACUCUAUUCUCAAAUUAUAUUUUUGACAGGAUUAUUACCUAAAGGUGUUAGGAUAGCUAUUGGCCGCCUGUGUGCUUUCUUCCAUCAUCUCUGUCAGCGGGUAAUCGAUGUAGAGAAAAUUACAGUAUUGGAAACUGAAAUUGUGGAAACCCUCUGCAUGUUUGAGAGGUUUUUUCCUCCAAGUUUCUUCGAUAUAAUGAUGCAUUUGGUAGUUCAUCUAGCCAGGGAAGCUCGGUUAUGUGGACCAGUUCAUUUCCGAUGGAUGUACCCAUUUGAGAGAUACAUGAAAGUGCUGAAAGACUUUGUAAGAAACCUUGCAAGACCAGAGGGUUGUAUUGCUGAAGCGUAUCUUGCAGAGGAAUGUGUUAGGUUCUGCAGUCAGUUCUUGAAAAAAACAACAAGUUAUGAGGAGAAACCUGAUAGAAAUACUGAGUUCGAGAGCAGCUCUAUUCUUGAAGGCCGUCCAAUAUCUGCAGCCACUUGUCGUGUUCUUUCUGAGAAGGAUAUGAAGAUUAUACAUCUUGCUGUGAUUCAGAAUAUGGCAAUCGUCGAACCUUAUGUGGAGUAAGUCUUUCAAAGCUACUUGUUGUUUUUUUAGUUACUGUCGCUUGUGACUUUAUAGCGUAGCUAAUACAUUGUUUGAAUCCUUUUGAAGCAUGCACCUACAGCAUCUACAGGACACUAAUGAAAAAUGUAGACGUGAUGCAACAACAUUAUGGAGACUUCAUUCACAAAAAUUUGCUUCUUGGUUAAAAGACCAGGUAAUUUUCAUAGUAUGAGCAACAAUUUAGUUUUCUGGUUUUGGCUAUAGAUAUGUAUUGACACUUAACAUAUUUUGUUAUAGAUACCUAUUAGCUCAGAGAAUCACGAUGAGACACUAAAAUGGCUGGCCUACGGUCCUCGUCUUAGCUCUAGGUCUUUCACUGGUUACAUAAUCAAAUGAGGACAGAGGAGAAUGAAAUGGAGGAAGAAGCAGAGGACUUGGAGGAGAAUGAAAUGGAGGAAGAAGCAAAUGAUGAUGUGCAGACUCAGACUGACACAGCUACUACAUCACAGCGUAAAAGACGCCGAGGACCUACAAAGAUGAAACACAUUGCCAAGGAUCCAACUGAAAGGCAACAUGUCGACUUCACAGAUAUGGGGGAUCCAUGUGGUCCAGGUUCUGUACUGUUAUCCUCCUACUUGGGUCCCUUAGUUCGUGAACAUGUUCCGGUGAUCAUUGAUAACUGGAGACAAGUCAGUGAAGAAAUCAAGACUGUGCUCUGGAAAUCUAUUGAGGUAAUAAGAAAAAAAUUUACAUUUAACUACGAUCCAUUUUACUUGUAUUUGAAUGUGUCUCAUUGCUGACUACAGAUGAGGUUUGACAUGGACGAAGACUUUAAAAAGGCUGCUGUGUUUAAGCAGAUGGGAUGUUUGUGGAGAGCAUCCAAAUCACGUCUGGUAACAUCUGUUAGAAAAGCUCCAACCAUUAAAGGUAGGAUGAGCUUGCAACCGAACAAUGUUUCUACAGCUGAAUGGCGUAAAUUUGUCAAAGAGAAGACCAGUCAGGCCUUUAAGGUUGUCAGCGACUCUUACAAAGAAAGAAGACAGAAUCAGAUUCCUCACACCUGCGGCCGUAAGGGAAUGGUGAGGCUGAGAGAAGAUUUGGUAAAGUCAAGUGAAGAUCCAUCAAAAGUGUCGAGGCUCCGAGUUUGGGUGAAAUCACGAACAAAGAAGGAUGGUACUCUUGUCAAUGUUAAUGCAGCUGAAAAGAUUGUAAGUUUUCAUAUUGAUUUUAAGAAGUUGGAUCUGCUGGUUGCUGCUUUGUGAUUAUUGAAAUUUUAAUGUGUUUCCAGAGAAAGGCAUCAGAGAUCGAACUUGAGGGUCAUGCCGAUUCAACGACAACAAAUCCAAAGAACGAUAUGCUAUCUCAGAUACUGGGACCUGAUCAACCUGGACGGUUGCGAGCGAUGGGCAGAGGCAUUAGCAUGACCAAAUUGAAUUGUUUACAGGUUAAGGACAACUAUAUCGCUGCAAUGGAACAAAAACAGGUCUCUCUGCAGGAACAGGUUAAUGAUUUACAGAAGGCCCUUCGCCGAAUGAAUAAUCAGGGUCCUGCAACUGAUGUCAGUGAAAACUCCUAUAACAAGGUAUGAAUUUAAUUAAUCUGGCUUACUCUGUCUAUAAAAUUGUAUAGUUGCAUUUCAUUGACAUUGCUUGUACUUCAUGUAGAGUGUAAAUAAUACCAGAUCACUUCCCAAGUGUUAUCUGGUUGACUGGGCUUCUGUCGAUGAGAAAGUUGCUGAGGGACGGGUCGUUUCAGCUGAAGCUGAUGAGUUAGUUAAUGGGGUUCCUUUAGGGCCUCACGCUGUGAAGGUUUUGGUUGAAACUGCAAUAAAAGCAGACACUUUUUUAUGGCGACCUGCACAUAAUAUGUUUACUAUGGAGGAUGCAGUUGGCGAAAUGAUUGCAUGGCAUUCUGAUCACUGUAUUGUUGCAACAGCAGGUCUCAUUCCAGAAGACAAUGCUCCUACAGUUAAGUUUCUUCUCUCUCUGUUCCUAAGUAUGAUUUUCCUCUAUACCUGAGUAUGAUUCUGAGUCAUUUUUGUUCGAUGUCUUUGUUGUGUUUGGCAGAGCCCUUUCACAAGUUCAGUUAACAAAUGCAAGCUCAUGGACUAUAUACAGAAGGAGGAAGUGGUUGCUUUAGGCCGAUGGCAGACUAAAGAACCAAAAUCAUUGGUGAAUGGACUUCCUCUUGGUCCUAAUGCAGUAAAAGUGUUUGUCGAUGAGGUACUAAACCCAACGGCAUUCAUAUGGAGGCCUACUGUAGGAAAGACAAAUAUGGAGGAUUUUCUGAACUGUUAUGUAGCAUGGCCUGCAAAUUGCGUUGUGUUUGAGCCGGAUAUAACAGAUUCUCCACGUCGUCAACAAUCAGAUUCUAAAGCAGUGAGUUCAUCUUCUAAGAAUCAGAAGUCUCCAUUAACUCCACCAGCUCCUAAGAAACCAUUUACUCCUGCAUCUCCUCUUCGCAGAUCUGAGGUACAACUAUAUUGUUGAAUUGUUUGAUUCAUUUUUGCUUUCUGUGAUGCUUGAAUUUUGGCUUCGUUUUUGCUUUCUGUGAUUGCAGCGUAACAAAUUCAAGCCAAAUCAAAAAAUCCAGCUGCUGGAUCUGUCUGGAAACAAGGUGAUCGUCGCUGAAGGACGUUGGUCUUCGAGUAAUCCUGAGCAUCUUGUCCACUUUCAGCCUUUGGGGCUUGGUGCUUGUAGAGUCUUUGUGGAUGUUGUGAAGGUGAAAGAUGCAUCUGUGUGGAGGACUUCAUCUGAGAUUGAGUAUAUGGAAGAUGCACUUGGAAGCACUCUUGCUUGGCCAGAGGAUAAAAUUAUAACGGUGAGAGUUUUGUUUAUUUUUUUGUUCUUUCUCACUUGGAAGCACUCUUGCAUAAAUGUGAACCGAAGGUUAUGUCUUACUUUUCAGGUUUGACAAAAGAGCAGAAGGAACCAUGCAACUAUUUAAGUUCUUGUUGACAUAAAUGACUUGGUGUUUGCUGUUUCAGAACAUGGCUUUUGUUUUUCAAUUACUCGGUGUUUCUCUUUUUUUCAUGUGUCGGAUGGAUUGAAAUGUUUGUAUGGUUUGAAUGAUUUACUUAAGUUAAGACUUUAUGUUAUUGUGUUUGAUCCAUUUUAUCAUUUCAGUUUUACAAAGGCCCAAUAAGAUAAAUGUCCAUAUCUAGUUUACAAAGAACAAAUCACUAUUCUCGGUUUAGGGCAAGGAUAGGGGUUAGGAUUCUCAUGUUUUUGUUAGUGAUUAGGUUUAGAGAUUUCUUUUAAGGUUUAUUCUAAUCAUAGUUUUGAGGUCGUUUUAAAGAAACUAUAACACACAUUAAGACAAAAUUAUAUGUUAAUCACAAAAUACAUGAUGUAGUUCCCUUUCCACAUUAUCUUUCUUGUGAAAGGGUUAGCAUAUGUAGUGUUUAGUUUGAGGGUUAGGGUAUAUUGGUGUAGUUAAAGUGUUUAGUGGUUUAUAUAUUUAGAAAUUGAUGUCUAAAGUUAGAUUUAUAUUUUAGAAUCAUGAUUAUAUUUUUUACAAAUUUUAGAUAAUUUUAAAAAUAUUUAUAAAUAACCAGAAACAUAAUUUCUCUUCUUUUUUUAAUAGCCAUCGAUUGAUAUCUCAGAUCAAAGGCCCAUAAUCCACCAUCCAUCAGCUAUCCUCGUUCUCUCUUCCUAUUGGUUGAUUAUUUUAAGGCAAGGAUCAUAAUCUUGUCCGUUCGUAAAUGUUAAUCUAACGGUUCAGAAUUGUUUUUUCUUUUAUCUCCUUCCUUCUCUCUCAGAACGUACGCCCACCGCAAACUAGGUUAGAGAGUUAUCUCAAACCACCACAAAUCUCUUUGUGACACCACGAGCCCACCUCGACCCACCACUAAUCACUGUCUACCCAUCACGAUUCCAUCUCAAACAACCAUGAUUCUCUCUUAAGCGACCACGAUUUCUCUCUCUGGGUUUCCAUCGAACUCAUCCAUAUCAAAAGAUCCUUAUAGAUUCGAACCCUCACAGAUCUGGGUUGGGAACUUCUUCAAAGUAUAGAAACUAUAAUGGAAGGAAGGAAGAGCAUCGUAUGUGCACUGCCGGCAUCUGGAGUGAGACCACAACUACUCCAAAAACAAAAACCACAACAAGAAGCACUCAACAGAGAACAAGAACGAGGACAGUCCUCGGGAGGAAAUGAUGUGGAGGAGAUAACCAGAACAGAGUUCAGAACCUCUCUUGGCUACUUGACACGCAUUGAGGAACCUGAAGAAGACAUCGACCCAAUGUUCAGAAACUCAUCUCUUUUCAGACGCCCACCACAAGCACAAGGACAGUCCUCGCGAACCAAGUCUGGCCGUCAUUACUAAUUGUUGUUUAUGUAUGUUGUUUAUGUCUGUUGUUUAUGUAUGUGUUUUUUUGCUAUAUGAUGAAUCAAUUGUCAGCACAUUAUAGUGCUUUUUGCAUAUUUCUAGUCUGGUUACAAUUACUAAAAUUUCUAUUUUUUAAUUUUCUUUUUUUACAAUAUUUUCCAAUUCUAUAUCCCAUAAAAAAAAAUAGUAAAUCAAACCGAAAAAUGUGUCAAUAUAGAAAAUAUUAGCUAUUCAGUAUUACCUAUGAAAAUAAACGUUAUAGCACAAGUAAAACGCUGUAUUAUAAUAUUCAAUGGCACAAAAAAAUUGCUAUUAAAUGUUCAAAAAUCCAAAACAAACUGAGUUACAAAAAGGUAUUCCAUGACAAAAAACAAAUGUCAUAACAAAAUAUUUUAUGGCACACGAAAAGUGCCACAUAAAAUAUUUAAAUAGCGAAAAGAAAUCGCUAUAAAUAGGUAUAAUAUAACACAGGGCCAACGCUAUAAUAUCUGUAUAUUGUUACAGCACGCGAAAAACGCUACGCUAGGGGGGGGGUCUAUUAUAGCUGCGGCUAUCACGGCGUUCUUCGAAACGCUAUGAAAACGAUAUGAUAGCAUUUUUCGGGUGCUAUUAAUACCGAUAUUUCUUGUAGUGAUAUAUGUAUUAUGGCUCAGAGCCUUAGUGGCACAUGGUCUUAUGGUUGCGUAGCCGUAGAAUUAUCUGAUCUAAAUAGCGUGUAGUCAGAUCAGAUAAUAGAAGUCUCGAUAUGCUUUCAUUAGCAAGAUGUCUUCCUGCCUAUGAACGGGAGGUCGUGCCUGAGCCAGUAGAUAACUCAUAUAGUGCUAUAAUAGGCAUAGAGUUUUAAUAUGGUUGUCAAAUAUCUCCCAGAAUUAGCAUGAGAACCUUUUCUUCCUAUCAUGUGAGAAGGAAUGUUUGACCUGGAGGCAAGACGAGAGAAUCGUGGAGGGGAUGCCCCAUAGUAGAUAUUUUCCAGCCUUGGUUUUUUUGGGGCCUUUUUGGAGAUUUUCUUUCCUUUCUUAUAGGAUGUUAUUGUUAUGCUCGAAGGAUUUCGAUUUACGUGUAGGACGAACUCGAAUUAAAUUCUCGAUAUUCAGAUUUUGUCAUUGUAUCUUACUUUUCUUACGUGUAGGACGGCUAGGAGCGCCGAACGCCAGAGAAACGAGGAUCUGGCCAAGAAAGACGACCGUGGCUGAUAGGUCUUGGAGAAAGAAAUUAGUUUUUUGCAAUCCGUGCAACUGAUUAUAUUAAAAUUAAAAGGUCUUGCGGGCUUAGAUGAACGACAACCGGAGCCGUGCUCAACAGUAAGACGAUAGCAACCGGAGGUAUACUCGAUAGUAAAAUGAACACCAAAAACAGUACAAUAAUACAGAGGAUAGAAAUGUUAGAAGGAGAGGCUUUCUCUAAGUAAGGAAACCUGUAGAUAAAUUUCACUUUGUCCAUGAAACGGUUGUUCCAACGAGCAUGAGAUAGUAGGAAUUGAUGUUGAAGUUGAAAUAUUCAAACAAAAAGGUCUGGAAUGGGGCAUAACUGCCGGUCGCGAAGCUAGAUUUGGCUAAAUGACUCAUUAGACGGACGAGGUUAGCCCUAAUACCGACAAUAUUGACCCGGGAGACUAUGUGAAUCUCAAACAUUCCGUAGAGUAAAUAUAAUUGUUCAGUGAGCUAGAUGGUGAAAGGGUUGAUGCUCUUUUCAUCUCCAAUUCCAUCAGUGUAUCUGAAAGGUACGAUGAAACUGCCGGAGAGAGUCGGAGGGAGUCGUGGUAGUGAGGCCUUAGACGCCAGAACUUGGAUGUAACCUUCCGGUGGAAUCGUGGCUAGCAACGUACAUCCAAAUAUAUUAACAUACUUCUUUCGUAUGUUGCCUAUAUAUAUUGCUGUCUUCUCUUCUACGAGUUUACUAUAUUUUUGUUUUUUAACUCGUCACCUAUGAUUAUUUUGAUAAUGGAAUAUUUUUCUUUAAAAUCAGCAUAUAAAAUGUGAAACCUAGUAAAAUUGGGAAGAAACAUAGUAGCAUUUGUUUUUUGAAACAAUCAUAUAGUAGCAUGCAUAAGUCUUUUUUUGCCCAAUAGAUUGUAUAUCAUCAUUCUAAACUCUGAAUGUUCAUUCAGAUACGAAAGAUGUGAGCCACUUAUUGAACAAUUAUAUUUUGUUUGUUCCUAGGAGUGGAGGACCAUCGAAAUUAUGUUUGAUGAUAAAUUUUAAUUUAUCUAUUGAUGAUCAGUAUUUUUGAAGUUGUAAUACUCCAAUAGUCAGUGCUACGGUCCCUAUUGCUUGUUUUGUUUGAUCCAUUGUGCCUAAGUUAUUUAAUAUGAUGAAUUUUUAUGUGUUCAUCCAAUGACUUGGAUUAAAAAUCUGGUUUUUGGGACUUUGUCAAGCCAUUCAGCCUUCAAACGCCACUUGAAAAAUAACGCUUGUAAUACAUUACUCCAUCAAAAAUUGUCAGUACCUUUUAUCUUUUAAAAUUGUACAAUUCUAGCAACUCUUCUUCCGUGAGAUUUUCUAAAUCUGGAAAAUACAAUUAGUUCUACUUAUAUGAUUUAUAUAUAGCAUAAAAUUAUUUUUAAAAAAAUUAUUAUUGUUUACUGUCAUAAAACAUGUAAGCAUUAUAGAAAAAUAUAAUCUAUUAGCUUUAAACAUAAAAAUCUAAAUGCACGCAAGUGUUAUUUUAUGUGCAUUUGUUUCUUUAACUAUGGUGUCUUUGUGCAGUAUUCUAUAGCUACAUAUACGCCAAGUCGCCAAGUGCUUUGCGUCAACGAUAUAUCAGUAUUUGAAGAGGAUUCGCUUUCGUUGAGCAAAAGAACAUUGCUGAGAGAUAAGUUCUUCAAACAUGGAGGAGCUAAAGAUGAAGCUGGGGCUGCACACGGAUCUUGCACGUACACAAAGAGAUGAUAAGUGUUUACGGUGAAGGCAUAAUCCCUGCAACCAAAUUCCUUUUAAAUGAACUGAGACUACAAAAUAAAUCUCCUGGACAUUAUUGAUAAAGUAAUUUGACAUGUGUCAUCACAUGUGAAUAUAUAUUAAAUGUUGUUUUAUAUUUUUGGUAAUUGUUUUAGAAUAUUGUAAUAAUUCAUAAAUCAUCAUUAACAUAAUAAUAAAUAGUAUAAUAGUAGAAAUAGAAAUAUAAUAAUAUUUUACUAGUUUAAAUAAUUUUAUUACUUAAACAAAUCUUCAAAUAUUUAUGCAGUGUUUUUUAAAAAACUGUAAUUUUCUAACUCCAUUAUCAUUAGUUUCUUUUUAAUAUCUACAAAUUUUAGAAAUAUUAUUUAAUUUUACGUUUUGAAAUUAUAUUCCUAGCAAUAAUUUUAUAAAAUUUUAUUUAAUAUAUUUUAACUAAAAUAAACAGAUAAAAUUAUUACAAUGAAUAAAGUUUUAAGUAUAUAGAUAUAAAUAUAUAUAUAUAUAUGUUAAAUAAAAAUUAUAACAAAAUAUUUAUUUUAUCUUAUUUUUUACAUAUAAUUAAAUUAAAAUUUAAAAUUAAAAUAUUGUUAGAAAAUAAUAAAAUCUAAAAAUUAACAAAUAUUUAUUUUUUAAAUAUGAUUUAAAUUUUAAUAUUUUUAUUUAUGUGCAUAGUGCAAGAAAGCACUUAGUAAGUAUAUAUAGAUCUCCCUCUUUAACAUCUGAUUUCGAACAUAUUCACAAGAGCUCGCUAGAGCUAUAAACUCGAAGUCAUAUUUGGUGGAGUUUUUUGGAGUUCUCAUGGAUAUCAAGUUACUAUCUUAGUCUUUCUCUUUCGUCUUUGUUUUUUUUUGUUCGUCGUGAAAACAAUGGUGUAGCGGACUCUCUUGUGAAGUCUGCUCUCUAUAGCCAUGCCUCGACUUGUAUUGAAAUCUCCGUUUAGAUUUAUAAAUUAGUUUGUUACCAAAAAAAAAUGUCACCGAUGAUUUUGUAAUUUUUUUGUCCUGGAAAUGAUUGUAGCAAAAAGAGUCGAGCCAUUACAAACACAGAGAACGCUCACACUUUAGUAUAUUUAUAUGAACUGAUAGUGAAUAAAUAUCCACAUGCCGACCUGGUCUAGUGCAGGGAGGCGCUGGUUUCUUAUGAUUUAUAAAGAAAUUAAAGGCGCAGAUCUGGUCUAUUUAAAACAUCAAUAUUGGUAAUCUCCAAAAAAAAUUUCGCAAAAAUAAUAAUAAAAUAACAAUACGAGAGAGAGAAAUAUAAAAAGUUAAAAAAAAGUCUCAUGACUCUCAAAAAAUUGUGAGAUACUUUUAAACCACUAAUAAUUCUUUUGAAUUUGUGAUUUUUUACUAUUAAAUUUUAUUUAUACAAUUAAAUUAUUUAAAAUAUUAGUAUUCUAAUAUGAGAAACUCACCAACAAUAAUUCUAUUUAAUAAUUGAUUUUUUUGAACCUAGAAUUGACCAUUUGCUUCAUUUCAUGUGUGCAGGAUUUUGGAUUUUUGUUUUUGUAGAUAGAGAAAUACUAGUUAAAACAUAAAAAAAAAUAUCCGGUUCGACUGUGGUCGGUUUGUUUUGGAUACAAAAGUUAAUAAACUACAAUUAGUUUAUUAAAAAAAAAUUCAUUGUUAAUAACAUACAUUUUUGUUUCUAGAGAAAGUAUAGUUUGGUCUAGUUUGAAAAUUUGGUGUUUUUGCCAUACCCAAUCGGACCAGCAACGGAGCAAGAGUACGAGACUUAAUAUACUAUACUAGCACCAUUUGGCUACAAGUCAGUCAUAUGAAUGGACCGGCCAAAAGAAUACUUAACAAUGUGACUAAGUCUUCUUCUUGUAUAAACGGCUAAAAGCAAACAACUUUUAGGGAUGGUUUUUUUUUUUUUUUUUUUUUUUUUUGUCACGACUUUUAGGGAUGGUUAUAAGUAAAACUAGAUUCUAACCCACGCGGAUGCGCAGAUAUUGUUAUCAUUUUAUUACAAAAUUUAAAUUAAUAGUAAUGUAACUGAUUUUAUUAUUAUAUAUUAUAUAACUAAAAUAUAUGUGAAAUUUAUUUUUUGUUACAAUAAUUUAAACCUCGAUCAUAUUCUAUUUUUUUUAAAAUCGUAAUUUUUACUAUUUUUACAUUUUUAUAACAAUAUUUUCUAUUUCAAAUAAAAUACGGGAUCCCAAAAUAUUAUGUAUAUAUAUAGAUGCGAAAAUUUAUGUAAAAUGUUUUUUACAAUAAUUAUAUAAUAUAUAGAUAUACCUACGAUUAUGUAAACCAAAUACUCCUUCUGUUCCUACAAGAUCCAUGUUAUAUUUUUUUCACAUUUAUUAAGAAAACAUAUAAAAUUGUCAUAUAAAAUUGUAUUUUCCAAUACAUUGUUUUUAUUAAUUAACUAUUUCCAAUAACUUUUAACCAAUGAGAUUUUAUUAAACAUGAUUGUAUUUUUUGAAAAAUACAAUUUUUCAUUAAUUAAUGUAUUGAAAAUGUAAAAAAUGUAUUUUUUUGAAACAAUUUUUUUUCUCUAAAACAUGGAUCUUUUAGAGACGGAGGAAGUAUAUAUUUGUCAAAUAAAUGUAUUUACUAUUUAAAUAUUUAAAUAUAUAAUAUUUACCAAACUAUUGUUAAGAUCAUGGUCACAAAAAUCUACAAUGUAGGAGAAUAAUAUCCUUUCCAUUUUUCUUUAAAUAUUAAGUAAUAUAUAUUGGAUUUCUUGUGAAUUGAUCUAACCACAUUUUACAGUAGAUAAAAAUAAGACUCUAUUUUAAUAGAGUAGAUAUAUAGCACAACACAAUAAUGAAUCACCGGAAUUUGUUAGAGAAAGUCAAGUGUUGGGGCCCUUUUAGGAGGCGCCGCUAAGUCCAUUCCUCCCACUACCAAAACACCGUGCUAUUGAUUUGCUCCUUUGUUAUCAUUGUUUUGAUGUUGAUUAUCAUGAUGUUGAUUCUCUUCUCAUUAUGCCCAUUUUAUAAAUGUUUCUUUUGUUCUUUUCCUUUUUCCUUUCACAUAAAAAUAUUUUAAUGAUAUUCUAUUUUUCAUUCUAUAAUAGAGUAAAAAAUAGGUUUACUCUAAAUAUAAAAUUAAUUUUAUUCUAAAAUAGAAUACCAUUAGAGCAAAUUCAAACUUUAUUAUAGAAUUAUUCUUUUUUAGAUUGAAAAAUAAAGUAAACCAGUAAUUUUCUUUUCAACAUCUUGUCUAAGCUUAUGGAAUUUUACUUGUAGCCUUCUCUCUAACUUUUUUUUUAGCAAUUGACAUCCAGCUUCACGUCUUUUGACCCAUAAUUUAUACAAUGGCUUGAUUUUUCAUCUUAACCGUCGAACCAGUUGUUAAUUUAGUUUAAAUUUUGUUUUCUAUAUUGUUUUGUGAAAUAUAUAAAACUAAAAAAAGUACAGUAUAACCUCUUUAAAUUAAUACUUCAUAAAUUAAUAUAUACUAAAAAUCUCUAUAAAAUAAUAUAAUUUUACAGUCUCAAAUUAAGUUUUUGGUUCAAUUAGUAUAUCGAUAAACUAAUAUCUCUAUAAAUUAAUAAAAAAAAUUAUAGUUUUGGUGUAGUCCCAACAUAUUAAUUUAUAGAGGUUUCACUGUAUGUAAUACUAUAUUUCAACAGUUCUCUUUGUAUAUGUUUCUACUUUCUACGACUGAUUAACUCAUCUUAACUAUGAAAAAACAUUUUCUUUUAUUCAGUCCUAAAUGAGAUUCUAACAGAUGAAACUUAUGAUCAUUUAAAAAAAACUUAUGAUCAGUUUUUCCAUUUCUUAUAAAUAUAUACUAAUAAAGUUAUAUGCUAUUCUCUUCUCUUUGUGCCACCUUAUAUUUUACUUUUACAAAAAAAUUACAUAUUGCAUCUAUUUAUUAUUCACACCAAAUAUAUUAAAGUAGUAGUAUAUAAUAGUACAUGUCUAAUUUUUAUAUAAUAGUACAUUAUAAAUUCAACCAAAUUUUUUAUAUAGAUAUUCCCGUAAGAAAUUACUUUAAUGCAAAAUUAAUAAUAUAAGUCAUAGAAAUUCAAAAAAUAAUACAUUAAGUAAAUUCAUAAAACAUAAAGUAUGAUAAUCCAUUUAGGAUUAUAUUUUUUCACGUCUCAUCAAAUAAGGUCCGCCAAAAAUAAAAAAGAAUUAAUCUUUACAAAAAAAUGAUUAUCAAGCUCAUAAAGAUUGACUACAUUACCAAAUUUAGUAAUUAAUAUAUAAUCUAUGGGUAGACGACAAAAGAAGUAAUUAAUAUAUAAUCAAGAAAGGUUAAAAUCAGUUUGGAAAAUAAAAUAAAAAUGAAAAAGAUAUAAUUCAAGUCUUUCACCACCUAUUUUAUUUUUUAAAUAACAAGUAGUAACGAAAACAUAAAAUUAUGUAUAUCAAAUAAGUAUUCUUGUUAGUGCAACAAUCAAUUGUCAUGCUUGUUAGUUAUAUAUCUAUUACGCUCAACAACCAAAUGUAAAUAAUUCACAUCGCUCUUCACAUGAAAACAAAAUUACAAUAAGAAUUCAAAAUGUUAACUAUUAAAGAUUAAAUUACUAGAUGAAAAAAUAUUUUAAUAAAAAAAUAUAAUAAAUCUAAAACAAAUACUUAUACAUCUCACAGCGAAAAAAAAAAUUAAGAAUGUGUUUUUGAGAUUCUUAUUGCAAGAUGACUGAUAUUUAUACAUAAAA